GCCUAGGAUAUACGGUACAGGGGUGCAGGGGCUGGCCCUGGCUUGGUCCACCUGCCAGCGCAGUUUAAAGUUUCUGAGGCUCGCAGGAGCACAGUGACUUGGAUCCAACAGCCUAAAUGCCCAGGAGGCUAUUUCUGCCGGACCCAGGAAGCCCUUAAACUCCUGCGGACCACCUCCUUGCCUGCGCCCCUGCACCCGCCCGCCCUCCUCUCUCGCUGACCAGAGACGAUUUUCUGAGGAUCCUCUGAAAGCUGGGGGAUUUAUGGCUGGAAAAUGAAACGACGCUGCUGGAGGACGGCCACAUCAUUAUUUUGGGUCGCGCGGGACCAGAUGGGCAGCCGGUGAAGGGCGCGGGGACGUGAUGGACAGUUUUAUAACGUGAUUUCCCCCCAAGAAAGCUGGAGCUGGGGCUUCGCUUCCCUCUAUUUCCUCCCCGUCUGUAGCCCUUGCCUUCUCCCCGGGCUCUGCAAUAUCAAUUAAACUCAACUUCGCAGCGGCGGGGCCGGCAGGGGAGAGGAUGGAUGGGGCUCUAGAACCUCGGUAAGAGCCGGGGGAGUGACGGCGACCAGACCGGGGACUGCGGCUGGGACCCCGCGCCCUGUGCAGCCUGCGGGGUGGGAGGACACGCGCCGGCGGUGGCUAUGGGGCGGAUGGAGCUCUGGACCCGCCGCGGAUAGACAGACAGACAGACACCCCGGCGGCUGGAGGGGCCCUCUGACCUCGGGGCCCCGCUGAGAAGCCGCUGCCACCUCGCAGCCGCAGCCUUUCCCCGCCGUCAUCCCCGCUCCUGAAAAGCCAUGGAAGACGCCGCGGUGCCGGACCUCAGGGACAUCGAGCUGAAGCUGGGGCGCAAAGUGCCCGAGAGCCUGGUGCGCUCGCUGCGCGGGGAGGAGCCGGCUCUCCCGGAGAGGACCGGGGACCCCUGCGGGGGGAGCGGCGGAGGCGGCUGUAGCAGCAGCAGCAGCAGCUGCUGCAGCCUCCCGCCCUCCCUGUCGUCCUCUUCUUCGUCCUCCCCAACCUCGGGCUCCCCGGGAAGACGCAGCCACUCCAGCACCCUGGAGAGGCUGGAGACCAAGCUGCACCUCCUCAGGCAAGAGAUGGUUAAUCUCAGAGCCACGGACGCCAGGCUCAUGCGCCAGCUGCUUGUCAUCAAUGAGAGCAUUGAGUCCAUCAAGUGGAUGAUUGAAGAGAAAGCCACCAUCACCAGCCGAGGCAGCAGCCUCAGCGGCAGCCUGUGCAGCUUACUGGAGAGUCAGAGCACCUCCCUCCACGGAAGCUACAACAGCCUGCACGACGGCAGCGACGGGCUGGACGGCAUCUCUGUGGGGAGCUAUCUGGACACUUUGGCGGAUGAUGUCCCAGGCCAUCACACCCCAUCGGACUUGGACCAGUUCAGUGACAGCUCCGUCAUAGAGGACUCGCAGGCGCUGCACAAGCCUCCCAAAUUGGAUUCUGAAUACUACUGCUUUGGCUAAGGACCCAGGUUUUUUGCAUGGGAUUUGUGUGCAAUUAACUUGUAUUUAUCUCUCUUCUCUGCUGCUAUAUUUUUGGUGUGAUUUUUUUUUUUUUUUUACAUGAUAACCUUUAAAAAAAAAAAAAAAAGAAGCAUAUUUUGAAACUGCUUGAUGAUAUUUCUGUUGCUCCUAAUAUUUCUAAUCUGGAUUCAUCUAUUUUUCUCUCUUACAUCUCUAUUUUUAUUUAUUACAAUGAUUUUUCCCCCUCUCCCUUCUUUUUACAGUGGCACAAAUAAAGAAGGGGGAAAGAAUGAGCAAUAAUUAUGUUUUCGCUUUUGUUUUCAGAGCAAGGGGUCAGGGAUUACAUCAAAAAAGUUUGCUACAUUUUGCAAUAAACCAAAGUCUGAUGACA